CGUUUAUUUGUGUUCAUUACUUAGACAGAAGGAAAUAGUGCAUUAUAUCUUUGGAGGAUUUACCAAGAAGCAGUUCAGACCGAGGUUUUGCAAAGCUGCAAAUCAGGGAUGUGAAAGAAUGAAGAGGAAUACUUGUUUAAUUAUAAAAUAUUGAAAAUCUACUCAAGUAAUUUCAAUGGAUUUGGGUUACAAUGCAUUUAUUUGAGGAAUCUGGACGGAUUUGGGAGCAACAGUGGUGAAAAGGAAAAGACUCAUCAGUAUCAUUUCAUAUUACUGGCUUUAAUAACUUUGUCAGAGCUAUGGUAUCCGGGUUGGUGAUCCUGUCCGUCUACAUCCUUACCUUCUUGAUUGGCCUGCCGGCAAACACACUUGCCUUGUACGCCUUCAUCCAGAAGCUCCGUGAAAAACCCACCCCUACCGACUUCCUCCUGAUCAAUCUGACCAUAUCGGACCUUCUUUUCCUGAUCUUCCUGCCAUUCAAGAUGUACGAGGCGGCAUCUGAAAUGCGCUGGCUCCUACCAAGUUACCUGUGUCCCCUAACCACGUUCAUAUUCUUCUCCACCAUCUAUACGAGCUCGCUGCUGCUGAUGUCUGUUAGCGUUGACCGCUACUUGUGUGUGGCAUUCCCGGUCAAGUAUAAGAUCCACCAGAAACCUAUAUACGGUGUCAUCUGCAGUAUCUUUGUCUGGAUCACUACAUCAACCCAUCUCUGCUUUGUAUACAUUGUGGAUCACCUGACUGGGGGAGACAGUGAGGGCCAUGACUGCUACAACAAUUUUACUCAAUCCCAACUGAAUGUAGUAUUACCCAUGCGGCUGGAGCUAUGCCUUGUUCUGUACUUCCUUCCACUCAUCAUUUGCACCUUCUGCUACACAAGAUUCAUCCUCAUUCUCAGACGCACAGCCAGCCUCAAUGUGGGGAAACGACGGAGGGCCGUUGGCAUGGCUAUGGGCACAUUGCUGGUCUUUGUGGUCUGCUUCCUGCCCUACAACACCACACACAUCCUGGGCUACAUCAUCUCAGAUAACGUGAGCUGGAGAUCUGAUGCUUUGCUUCUCACCACUGUCAACACAGUCUUCGAUCCCAUCACUUUUUAUUUUUCCUCAGCUGCCUUUCAAGGAAAUCUGAAAGGACUCCUAACACCUAAGACUAAGACUGCUUACACUGGCAAUGGGAUAGAAAAUGUCUGCACUACACAGAACCGAGUGGGACAAGGCAACCAGGCUGAAAAUAUACAGGAUAAUGAUGCGGGUGAAUUGCAAUGUCCAUAGGGGGUUUGAUCUUCUGC